GGAUUGAAAAAAGAAUCAAAUUGUCUAUUCGCCAUUAAAAUGGCGUCAUCGAAGGAAACCUAUUGUUUGUGUGGUCAACCAUAUAAUAUUGGACAAUUUAUGAUAGAAUGUGAUUGCUGUCGUGAGUGGUUUCAUGGCAGCUGUGUUGAUGUCAAAAUAUAUCAUUCCGACGACAUUGACAAGUAUCACUGUCCAAAAUGCGCACAGACAUAUGGACCUUCAGUUUUAAAAAUCCCAACAAACAAUCACCGCGCGGAUCGGUACGAGCUCGGGGCGGAGACUCGGCCCUCACAAGUGGGCACACCUGCCUGGGUGCGGGCGCUGGCCGCUCGCCCCCUCAGGCCAGCCCCCGCGGCUCUGCAGCGCAUGAGCCCCCACCAGUUCACUGAGGAGUUUAUCAGAGAUAAUGGUUUCACACGGCCGGUCACAUUUACAACAUCAGAGGGCCUGGAUAUGAAGACUCCGAACCCAGGCACCUUCACAGUUAGAUCUGUGCUACGUUUCUGUGGGGCACAACUUGAGGUGGAAGUGAUAGAUGUACGUAAACAGUCAACACUGCGGAUGCCGUUGGGCGACUUCGUGGAUUAUUUCGAGACGCCGCCCGAGCACCGAGACGAGAAGGUGCUCAAUGUACUCAGUUUGGAGUUCAGUGAGACCAACAUGUCCCGCGUGGUAGAGCCACCAGCCAUCGCCCGCUCAUUAGACUGGGCAGAACGCGUGUGGACGCGCGAGCGACCUCCCGCGCCGCACGUGCGCAAGUACUGCCUCAUGUCGCCCGCCGGCGCCUACACAGACUUCCACGUGGACUUCGGAGGCACCACCGUGUGGUACCAUGUGCUGCAUGGCAGGAAGAUAUUCUACCUAAUCCCGCCGACUGCCACGAAUCUCGCUCUCUACCAGCAAUGGAGUGCAGCCAACAAUCAAAACGAGCGUUUCUUCGGAGACAUGGUGGAAUGGUACGGCACAGCAGAAGUGACAGCAUCACAAACAUUAUUCAUACCGAGUGGCUGGAUACAUGCAGUGCUGACGCCAUGUGAUUCCCUCGUGUUCGGCGGCAACUUCCUCCAUUCCUAUGCUAUUGAGAUGCAGUUGCAGAUUUACGAGAUAGAGCGUCGUGUAGAAACCCCUACAAUGUUCCGCUACCCGCUGUUCGAGGCGAUGCACUGGUACGCCGGCGCCCACCUGCUCACCAUGCUGCGCCGCCACAACGAGGAGACGCAGGACGAGGAGUUCACCCUGGGCGAGGCGGCGGCUCGAGCCCCGACGGCGGCGCUGCCGGCGCUGCUGCUGCGAGGAGUCAAGAUCCUCGCCAACGCGCUCAAGGAGUGGCAUGCACUCAAGAGUACAGACACAGCGAAACGCGACAACGUACCCAAAUGCCUGAACUCUGGUCAGCUGGUGAGAGAACUCUGCAAGGAGCUCAGGACUUUGGAGAAACGGUCCACUUCCACUACUGGGAAAGAUAAGGACUUCAAAGUGAAACACAACUCGUCUCCCACGAAAUCACAGAAGAAAGGUCAUAGCAACUCAAAGAAAUCUUUAAAGCUGACGUUACCGAAACCUAUCAUGCAUAUGGGACAGAACGGAGAGUUUGUCGACGAGAAAGUUUAUACUGACAAGUUCUUUAUUGAUAAUAAGGAGGUGGUAUACCAAGAAAGAUACGUAACACAAGACGUGAAGUUCGCCAAUGGGCUGCCAGACACGAAAUAUGUGGUAGAAGGAAAAGAGAUGGUCAUACCUGAGAAGGGGUAUGCUUAUCAGACGUAUGAAGAGGUACGGUAUCCAGAGGAAAACGGAUAUGUUGAGAGGUCUGAUAAGAAACCUACUGCGCUGAAGAUUAAGAUGAACAACUCCCCCUCUUCAUCCCGCGCGGACGCCCCGCCGCCCUACGCUCUCCCAGAACACUCAAUCCUCAAGUCCCACCUCAUCCGCGCGGACCGGCCGACGCUCAAACCCAUACACCAGUGGACCAUCUCCAAGAAAGACAUCGGCGACUACCAUGAGGAACAAAUACUCUUUACCAAUGAAAACCUACAGGCUAAUGUCAGGAUUGAUGGACAGGAUAUGAAUUAUGGACCAGGCAUGUACUCAGCCGAGGACAUACAACAAGACUACCAGUACUCGGAAUCAGCCAAGCCGGGCUCAUAUCAGCCAGUCUACAGCUAUCAGCAGCCGCAACAAAUAGCUUAUACCACUGUGGAUACCUACCAGAGAUAUGAAGAAGUACCGACAGUUCAUCAGCAAACGGCCAGUUACAGUAAUGUUGUUCAAGAGCCAGUGAACGGGGAUUACCACCAGACGCCAUUGCCGUCGUACGAUGCCGCUAUUGCACAUCAAUAUACCGCUACUACCAAUUAUCAAGUAGUAGAAGAAACAAAGCCAGCCCAACCAGUGACCCCCGUCCGUCGCUCGGAGCGUCCCGUCCGUCGCCGCGUGUCCAACACGUACGACUACGAGGACUCCGACCUGUACAUCGACGAUACUCCCGCGCCCCGGCCCAGGAAGACCAAGCACAAGCAUGGGUAUAGGCGCGGGGAACAUAGCAACGCGACAUCAAAUGCAAGCAACAACUACAAGCAAGUGUCGCGGCCGGCGCCCGUCAACGGCAUCGAGUCGCUCAUACAGGCGUCUGUGCUAGCUGAGGAGGAACAGCCUGUUGUUGAGACUGAGCCAGAAGACGCAGCAGUAGCUGGCAUGCUCAGCAUCAGCUCUCGCUUCACGGACACAGCUCGCACGUUCGGCCUCGCCAGCGACACACAGCCGCGGCACGACAAGCGGGCCCCAUCAGCUACACUCGGCCUCGCCAGCGACACACAGCCGCGGCACGACAAGCGGGCCCGCAAGCCGCAGCUGCCGCCCGACUUGCCUGAUGAGGAAGAUGUUAUCAAAGAGGUGCAUAGAGAUGAAGAGUAUGUGUAUCCAUCAUUGGAGAUGAGUUCGGACGAGGACGAAGAAUGGACGGCGUCCAAGCGGAGAAGAAACUCACGCAACAGGGUGGACUCGCGGUCUAAAGCAGAAAAGGACGAGGCGUGGUCACCUCGAGCACGACUCGGCCGGCUGGUGCCGCGUCUCCGCACCGCCGCCCGCGCCGGCGUGCGCCGCGAGUGUGUGCGCGCCGCGCUGCACGCCGCCGCCGCCAGACCCGCGCCCCGCGCGCCCCACCCCGCGCCCCACCACAGGCUGCACGACGCGCAGCCCACGCCACAGCCAAACGCAAAACGAGCAGUGCUAGCGACUAAAAGUAAACGGCCGCCGCCGCCCGUACACAAUACGCCAAAUAAUAAGAAUGCAAGACUGAAGAAAGGGAUGAAGACAGCAAAGCAGCGUCUCGGUAAAAUCCUUAAGAUACACAAAAUGAUAUAUUAAAUAUAAUUAAUUUUUAGUUUACUAGAUAGCGCGUGACAGACGGACGUAUGUAGAUGUAUAUUUUAUAUAUGUAUUGUAUAUAAGCACGGACGGACCAAUACGUGUCGAGAUCGAACGAUCGCUAGUUGACUUACUGCGGGUUUCAAUAAGCUAUCUGUUGAUUUGAAUACUAGAGGUAGAAUUUUGACAGCUCCAAAUGAGUUAUGUCAAACUCCUAUCCUUAGUAAGAAAAUAAAGACGUAGAUAGGUUAUUGAAAUCCACCGCAUAUUGAUCUUUUUUUAAGCUAUAAAUACUGACGAGAAGUGUUGCACCAUUUUUUAUUUAAUUUUCUACAGCAAAAUAAAAAUGCAAAAUAUAAAUUCUAUUCUAUACAGUGAAACUAUUGAGUCGGGUUUAUUUUUGACAUCACAAUAAAUUGUUACUGCUUCUUUCAUAAUUUUCAGGUUAUGAAUUAUCCAUUUUGAUGAAGCAAAGCAAGUAGGUACGAGGGUUUUUGUAUUUAAGUAAAAAUAAAAACGAAAUGUUUAGUUAAUUUCAUAACCAAAUUCGAAUGAUUGAGAUAAAUUGUGACCAAUAAAUAAGUAGAACACCUUGUUGCGUAAUAGUUUUGUGUUUUAUAAGUGGUGCAACAUUUCUUCAAUAUUAUUUUUUUUAUGUAUCAGGUGGAAAUAAACUUUUAUUCAGGUCAAAACAAAUAAUCCUUGAAAAAUAUCAGAACAUUAUUUUUGUGUCUUUAACUUCAGUAUUAUUGAUUAGUCAAUUAAUUAGUUAUUAAAACGCCAAUUGUUAAAUAUUCUUUUAAAAGAGGCUUUUUUAAAAUAUGUUUUAUUGUUAAUUAUUAUUUCCACUUGAUAUAUAAAAAAAUAAGCUUGACUUGAAAUAACCCAGUGUUGAGUUCUUUACUGCCCAAAAGCCGGGUGCACACAAAUAGUUCUUAAGAUUAUAAAUUUCCGAAAAUGUAAACAGUAUGACACACUUCACAAUUUUUCGAAAGUUUAUAAUCUUAAGGGACUGUACACUAACAGUAUUUUCACACCAGCGGAUUUUCCUCGCCGGAAUGAUCGGUUCGUACAGACUGUUUGACAAAAAAUACUAGGCUACUGCUACAGGGAUACCGAACGGUUUGUGCAGUUGACAGCUGUUGACAGUUGCAACUUCCAAGGGAAAAUAUCCUUUAUUUUUGUCCCUUUCAAAUUGUUAUACCUACUUGGUUCUCAUAUCAUUUUGUUAGUGACAGAAUCGUCGACCUCAAAAUCGACAGCAUAGCUUGCCAGAAACAAAAAUAGAAUAGCAUUUUUUGUACUGACAGACUUAACUACACCAAAAAAUGGUUAGACCGCACAAACGAUGACACCUGAAAUCGCGCGACAGUAUAUUGUCGCGUUGUAAUCCGCUAGUGUGAAACACGCUGUUACGGUAAUAUACAUCGGUAUGUAAGUGUGUACCCGGUAUUAUUGUGCACAGGUUUAAAAUGUGAUUUUAUAUUUAAUUAACAAUAGGUUUAGUGCAUACUUUCUCAAACAUUAGGCUUGGGGUGUUGUUCAAUGUUUCAGUUUAGUUGAAAGUCUCUUUAAGUUAAUAUUUUCUCAUCAUCUCUCAUUGAGUCGUCGUAUUUUUUUUGUGUGUUAUUUAUCGCAUCAAAUACAAGAAUAGAGAUGAUUCAUAAUUUGUUAUGCUGGCCUUUUUAAAUUCAACCUAUUUCAGAUAACUUUUCUGCAUUUAUUUCAUUAGCAAUAUUUAAUUUUGGCUAUUAAAUAGCUAUUUUGUUAAAGAGACUUUCAACAAACUGUCCUGUUUUGGUAAGAUCUGAUUUUUCAGUUGUUUGUGUAUUUGUCUUAUAAAUUAAUAUUUGAUUAAUUAAGCUUAUUAACUGACUUUUGAUAUACGUUCUAGUAACAAGUUUCUAAAUUAAUAACAUUUUUCUAUCACAUUAUAUUUAAUACUCGACUUUUCGAUUCUGUUGUAAACGACAUAAAAAAUAUCGAAUUAUAAAAUUAAAAAAAUCUAUAUAUUAUAUGUAUAAAAAGACAUUAUUUUUCAUUAAAAAAAAUAAACCAACCACCGAAUAAUUAAUGUAAAUAAAGAUGAAUUGAGUAAUAAACGUUUAAAAAAAUACAAAAAAAUAUUGCUUUAGCUACUUAUCGAAAUUUUUUUGUUAUGUUUUAGUGAUAGUAGUACAUAAGUACAUUUUGAUCAUGUUUUCAAUGUUAUUUUGUUGUAUCAGAUUUAAUGCGGACGCAAAAUGAACUUAUAUUUUUAUUAUACUCUGUGCAAUAGGAUCAUAUGAAUAUCACAGUAAUUAGAGUAGGUAUCUAAAUUAUUAUCAUUUAACAAAAGGUAGGAAUUUUGACUAUCAAAAUAUUAUUUACACAAUAAUAAUUAAAAGAAAAAUAGAGUGACAAUUUGUGGACAUUUAAUAUAACGAUGGGGUUUUUAAAAUAAAAACUUUUGUUAGAAAAAUUUCGUAUAAUUUUAUUGCACUCAAAUGAUUUUGCGUUUGCAUUAAAUAGCUUGUUCUCAUUUGCAAAAAAAAACAGGGUGUGUUUUUCAUAUUUUUUAAUAUAAUAUUCAUAGAAGUUUCGCAUUCGGGUGAAAUGUCCAUAUUUUCCGAUAGCAUUGUUUUGUGGCAUAUAAUAAGACUUUCAGGAACUUUAAAAAAUAUAUAAUCAAACACAAUAUUCCAUAAACUUAAACUGUAAUAUAUUUUUUAUAAACUUCAAUUGCUUUCAGAACUCUGCAAUGUUUUAUAAUAUGUCACGAAAUUUCUGAGUAUUCCAUAACGAGUAGGUAUUUCCGGGUUUUCUUAGGCUAUGAUUACACAAUGUCGACUUACCCGGUUAAAGUGUCUAGCUGUAAUACAAAUCAGUGUAAAAUAACCCUUUAAAUUACUUGACCGUAAUUUAUAAACUUUUUAUAUGUAAUGUAAUUUUUGUAGGAACCGACGUUAUUUAGAAUUGUAAUGAUUUCUUAGCGAACUUUAAAGGGUUAACUUACAUUUUGGUUUCUACGAGUUUUUCUACGAUUUACGUAUCGCACCAUUGAGUCAUGAUAUAAGGCGUGUCGUUCACUGUAGGUAGUUCACGAAAUUACUACCAAUUUUAUUGCUUCUGUGAAGAAAAGUCACUUCUUGCAUAGAUCUUCUAAUUAUAAUCGAAGUUCAAGUUCUGACGAAAUUACUAGCAGGUCCCUUAAGACGGGAUACAAAUAGAUAUUAUCUAAGUCAACAAACGGUCUUGAAUUCAUUGAGAAACCUUAUAAUUUAUAACCAAGUCACACUAAAGUUAUUUAUCACAAGUAUCAAUAUAUAACUUAAAAAGUAGAAUGCAAUUAAACCAUCAUAUAAAGGUUGAGGGCGGCCAUAUCAAACUACUGUAAACAGUCGUUAAUCAUUCAUUCAUCAUUCACCAUAUUAAUUCUUUAUUUCAUCAUUCAUUAACUCAUUCUUGGUUUGCCCAAUGCCAAUAUGUUUAUUGUUUGAUUUCAUUUUUGGUUCACACAUAGAACAUUUUUCUUAUUAAAAGAUUGACGAAACUCAAAACUUUUUAAAAGUUGUAUUUGUAUUACUCAUUCAUACAUACAUCACAUUUUAAAUACAAGUGCAACUUUUGAAAAGGAAUGGGUUGAUGAGAAAAUAUUAUAUCGAAGAUUAAGUUAAUAUAAGUCGUGUUAUGCAAUAUUUUAUGAUUUAGAGUCCAGUUAGUAUAUUUGGACUUUAAGCAUUUCUUUUGAUCACCCAUAUCAGUUAUUUAUAGUUAGACCCAUUUACACCAACACUAUAACCGACCGUUUUUCUUAAAACAAGUGUUAUACUUUGAAAAUUGAACGUAAAAUUUAUACGAAUCAGUUGUUUUAAGAAAACUAAUGUUUAUUUUGUCGACAAACUUAGGCCUUAGUAUAUUUGGACUUCAAGCAUUUCUUUUUCCUUGUCAGUUUUUUAAACUUAGUUCAAUGCAAUAUUUAAUUAUAUUAGUUGGUAGUUUUUUGUGAUCUAUUUACAUAGUGAAUUGACGCCAUUGCCACGUUUAUUUACUAAGCCUUUGAUGUUAAUUAACUUAUUAAGAUGUUUUCUAGUAGGAGCACUUAGUUUUACGAGGAAGCGCCUUCACCCUUCAUGGUAUAAACAUAGUUGUUAAUGUAUAUUGGUGAUUUGUACGUUGAUUGGGGUUCUUUAUUACUAUUAUAAUGAAUUUAAAACGAUUCAUGACACUAUGUAUCAUUCAAUUUCUAAAGAUAAGAUAAUUAUGGAAUUUUUGGUAUGCAAAAGCAUUCAUAUUAUUUAAGAAAGAAUUAAAGGUAAAUUCAGGUUAUUUUAGAAAAAUACUUGGCACUCGAUUAUUUUAGCCUUUGUCAGUGUUUUGCGAAAAAACAUAAGAUCAAAAAUAACUAAAGUUAAAAAAAGAUCAAAUUUUAAUAUCGAUUUUUGUUUAUUUCAUAAUCUUUCUGUUUGAAAGCUGAUUUCUAUACUUUAUAAUAGUAUAAAGAACCCAAUCAACAAGGUGUAUGGUAUGAGCGAUUGAUAUUUACAUAUAGUAAAAAAAAAGAUAUAUUGUACAUUAUGGAUAACAGUGAAUGUAUAUUGUUGUGACAGAGGAAACAAUUCUCUAGACAAAACAUUUA